UCUUUGUACACAAUACCUUUGCUUCUUUACAGACAUCAAUGGUUGUGAUCCCGACCCGUGUGUUUCAAUGGCUACCUGUGAAGACCUCCCACCUCCCGAAACCGGGGCGCUUUGUCACUGUCCGCUUGGGUAUGAAGGCGACGGAUUCAUGGAUGGAACUGGAUGCACAAUCGUACAGUGCUCUCCACAAAGUCCUCCUACAAACGGUGGGGUGAGCGGCGGUAACUCCUACGGAGACUUGGCCACCUUCACGUGUGACAUUGGGUACAGCCUGGUGGGCAAUAAUCCACUACUCUGUCAGGCUGACGGAGAUUGGAGUGGAACUGCACCAACAUGCGAAAUCGUACAGUGCUCUCCACAAAGUCCUCCUACAAACGGUGCAGUGAGCGGCGGUAACUCCUACGGAGACUUGGCCACCUUCACGUGUGACAUUGGGUACAGCCUGGUGGGCAAUAAUCCACUACUCUGUCAGGCUGACGGGACUUGGAGUGGAACUGCACCAACAUGCGAAAUCGUACAGUGCUCUCCACAAAGUCCUCCUGCAAACGGUGCCGUGAGCGGCGGUAACUCCUACGGAGACGAGGCCACCUUCACGUGUGACACUGGUUACAACCUGGUGGGCGAUAAUCCACUACUCUGCCAGGCUGACGGGACUUGGAGUGGACCUGCACCAACAUGCGAAAUCGUACAGUGCUCUCCACAAAGUCCUCCUACAAACGGUGGGGUGAGCGGCGGUAACUCCUACGGAGACGUGGCCACCUUCACGUGUGACACUGGUUACAACCUGGUGGGCGAUAAUCCACUACUCUGCCAGGCUGACGGGACUUGGAGUGGAACUGCACCAACAUGCGAAAUCGUACAGUGCUCUCCACAAAGUCCUCCUACAAACGGUGCCGUGAGCGGCGGUAACUCCUACGGAGACUUGGCCACCUUCACGUGUGACACUGGUUACAACCUGGUGGGCGAUAAUCCACUACUCUGCCAGGCUGACGGGACUUGGAGUGGAACUGCACCAACAUGCGAAAUCGUACAGUGCUCACCACAAAGUCCUCCUACAAACGGUGCCGUGAGUGGCGGUAACUCCUACGGAGACUUGGCCACCUUCACGUGUGACACUGGUUACAACCUGGUGGGCGAUAAUCCACUACUCUGUCAGGCUGACGGGACUUGGAGUCCAGCAAUUCCACCAACAUGCGAAGAUACCAAUGGAUGCGAUCCCGAUCCGUGUGUUGCAAUCGCUACUUGUAGCGACAAUGAGGCUCCCAUGACGGGUGCAGUCUGUACCUGUCCGCCAGGGUAUCACGGUGAUGGUAAAGUUCAUGGGACCGGAUGUACAGACAUCCCCGGUUGCGAUCCGAAUCCGUGUCAUAUCCUCGCUACCUGCGAAGAUGUUCCUGCUCCAGACACCGGUGCAGUUUGCAUCUGCCCGUCUGGAUAUGAGGGCGAUGGAACAAUGGGUGGCACCGGGUGCACAGUCGUACAGUGCUCUCCACAAAGUCCUCCUACAAACGGUGGGGUGAGCGGCGGUAACUCCUACGGAGACGAGGCCACCUUCACGUGUGACCCUGGUUACUACCUGGUGGGCGUUAAUCCACUAGUCUGUCAGGCUGACGGGACUUGGAGUGACUCUGCACCAACAUGCGAAGACAUCAAUGGUUGUAAUCCCGACCCGUGUGUUCCAAUGGCAACCUGUGAAGACCUCCCACCUCCCCAAACCGGGGCGCUUUGUCACUGUCCACUUGGGUAUGAAGGCGACGGAUUCAUGGAUGGAACUGGAUGCACAAACAGCGAAUGCUGCCUGGAACAUUUGGCUGCUUAA